AUGUUGCACCAUCAGGGUCUCCUCAAGUGCCGCUGCCGCAUGUUGUUCAAUGACUUGAAGGUCUUCCUUCUGCGGAGACCCCCGGCCCCUCCUCUGCCCUCGCCGCUGCCUCUCCCUCCCAUGAGCAGAACAGACCAAGUCUUGAGUUUACAGGCGUCUAAUAACAACACGCUGACUACGCUAUAUGGAGGGCUACGGGCACCUCGGAGAGCGCCGACUGACGGGGGUGGUGGUGGUGGUGGUGGUGGAGGAGGAGGAGGAGGCAUCACGAGCCCUCCAGAAGAAGAGUGGGAAAGCCCUGGGGGAGAGGGAGAGCUUCCCCCGAUUGUGAUGAGCAGCGCCUCCUCCGACGACUUCUGCAAAGGGAAGGCGGAGGAUGGGUAUUCGCUGGGGAGCAGUUUGGAUAGUGGAAUGAGAACGCCUCUCUGCAGGAUCUGCUUUCAGGGCCCAGAGCAGGGUGAGUUGCUGAGUCCAUGUCGGUGUGACGGGUCAGUGAAAUGUACACAUCAACCUUGCCUGAUCAAAUGGAUCAGCGAGAGGGGAUGCUGGAGCUGUGAGCUGUGUUACUACAAGUAUCACGUCAUUGCCAUAAGCACAAAGAACCCCCUGCAGUGGCAGACCAUUUCUCUGACCGUCAUCGAAAAAGUUCAGAUAGCAGCAGCCAUCUUGGGGUCCCUUUUUCUUAUCGCCAGUAUCUCGUGGCUUAUCUGGUCAACUUUCAGUCCAUCUGCUAAGUGGCAGCGCCAAGACCUGCUCUUCCAGAUCUGUUAUGGGAUGUAUGGCUUCAUGGAUAUUGUCUGUAUAGGUCUCAUAAUACAUGAAGGACCCUCGGUUUACCGGAUUUUUAAAAGGUGGCAAGCAGUCAAUCAACAGUGGAAAGUUCUGAAUUAUGACAAAACAAAGGAUUUGGAGGAUCAAAAAUCAGGGUCUAGGAGCAAUCAGCGAACCUCCUCUCAGAUCAACCAUUCAUCCUCCACUAAUGGCGCAGCCAGCAACUCUGCUGUAGGAGACAGUGUUGCCCGAGGAGCUGGUCAUGCCACGGGUACUUUGUCUGAUCAUCACUGUGCUUAUACCAUCUUGCAUAUACUCAGCCAUCUGAGGCCCAACGAACAGAGAAGCCAUUCUAGCACAAACAGAGAGCUUGUCAUGAGAGUCACCACAGUCUAGCUAAAGUAUUUAGGAGGCCUUAAUGUAACUGAAUGGGAAAGGAACUCAAAAGCAAGAGGCAUGUGGGCUCUCUGCCCUCUCCCCAUGCCAUCUUCUGAAGUGGCACAAGGAGCACAAGAAGCCUUUCCCCAGCCAAGAGAGGGCAAGGCAGACCAGCUGCUCACCACGAAAAGAAGUUAAAAGUUUGGCUGUGAAACAAAGUGCAAUAUAUACUGCAAACAGUGAACUAGGACCAAGUCCUCAAAAAAAGGGGCAUGGGGGAGCAGAAAGGUUUAAUUUGUCAUGUAUACAAUGGAAUAAGUAAAAUUUUAAAGAAUUGCACACCCAAACACAUGCAUAUAGGAAGAAGGGAGGAAGGUUUGUCUGGUUUUUUUUUAAAAUGUAUUAACCAGAGGUUUAAGUAUUCAGAAAUUAUUCUGCGGCAUAUGCCAAUUUGUGUGCCCCAGGAUGUUCAAACUGAAAUUGCAAUUCAUUGAUUGCUCCUGUUUUAUUGCCCAGGAUUUUAUCACAUAGCAAAGAGGUCCCCAACCUUUUGAGCAUUAGUUCUGUGGAGAGAGGUUUUUCGACGGACCGGAGGGGGUGUGGUUUCCUGUACUGCCGGCAUCCCGCAGAUGGGGCUUUGCUUGUUUGCGCAGACUGGUUUCUGGCAUGCCACAGUCCAGUGCUGGUCCAUAUACCAGGGGUUGGAGACCCGUGACAUAGCACAUAGCCCUACUGGUUCUUCUUACCUCUUCAAAUAGAAUCAGCUAGUACCCUUUGAGGGAAUGGGAGGAGAAAGGGAGGGAAUUCUCCACUUGAAUCACAAACAUGUAAACAACUGACAAAGCACAAGAUACAGAUGAAUGAUUCAUCAUGGACAUUUCAUUUAGAAAUUUGUUGAAAUGAGCUUUUUCCAUAUCAAAUUUUCUACUUGACCUUUCAACCAUUUUCUGCAAAGUCAAUUCAUUUUUCACUAUAUGAGUAAUUUGGUACCAUUCCCUAUGAUUGUCUUGCUUUUUUUAAAAAAAAAAAUCUACCUGGCUUUCAGUCUGCAGCCAUUUAAGUUGUUUUGCAAUCUUCUCCAUUUAAUCAUUUAUCAAAAAUCUUGUACUUAAUGAAACUGGAGUUCUGAUUAAUCUACCCUGUGGGUUUAAGCACCAACUGUACACUCUGUUUUCUGGCCUAUGGGGGUUUCUAAGUAAACAUGCUCAGGAUUGCACUGACAAGUUAAUUUAGGCUGGAUUUACUCAUUGCAUUCAGAUUGUUUGUCUUCAACUUAAGGUUAUGUGUGAAUCCAUAACCUGGCCUAAUGCAGUGUUUCUCAAUUUUAGCAACUUGAAGUUGUGUAGACUUCAACUCACAGAAUCCCUAGCUAUUCUCCAGCCUUCAAAUAUCCAAGGUUGAGAAACACUGGCCUACUUUAUGUGCUGAUUAGGCCAUGAUGUCCUGUUCUACCAGCCAUAGUUAAAAAUCAUGGUGCAUAGCCUAGGAUUGGAGUUCUAUAAAUUAAGUCAGAGUUUAUAACUCCCAUUAAGAUUCAAUUGCCAGACUGUUCUAAGGAAGCCAUCCUAUUUAAACUGAUAUCUAUGACGUAUGUUGAUAGUUAUUUCCUGAGUAAAUUGAUCAAGAUACUCAUUUUUCUAUAUAUACUUCACAAGUGCCACUACAAGCUGCCUUGAAUUAUGAUAAAUAUAUACCAUCUAUGUAUGUUUAUAUGUAUAUAUGUGUCUGUGUCUGUGUACAUGUACACAUAUACAUGUAUUUGUGUGUGUGUGUGUGUACACACACAUACACAUACACACACAUACACACACAUACACACAAUACACCCAAGUUGAUUUAUUAGAUUGGCAGUUAUGUUGAUGUAAACAUGUGAACACUCGGACAUAUAGUAGCUUGUGACUUGUCACUUGGAAAACUCAAUAUUUACAUUUCUCAAUUUCCCCCCUCCCCCGUCACCCCAAUAAAGAGCACAAUUGUAGAGUUUGGCCUGAGGAAUCCUUUUAAUAUUGCCUUAGAGCCAGUUUAUUAUUAUUUUUUUAAUUUUAAUUUUUAUUUUAUUCAAAUAUAAAUAAUACAAACAUAAUGCAUAAAAUAAAAACAGUAUAAAAAAUAAAAAUACUACAGUGCACCCACUCACCCCCAGAGACCAUUUUUAUUACCUAUAUUUCUUCUCAUAUAACAAUAUACAAUAUAUUUCAAUUGUGCCCUUAUCCCCUCCAAAUCAGCAUAUAUUCUUGAGCAGGUUUAUUCCCUUUGCCUUCCACCAAGACUGUUUUUAUAAAAUCAUCCCAUAUUUCAUUAUAAUUAUUUACUUUAAUCAUCCCUUUUUAAAAUUUAAUUUCUGUUGUUAAUUUAUCAUUUAU